AUGCAGAAGGAGCUAGAAGUCCUUCACAACCGCUUGUUUAAAGCAAAAGCGCGUGUGGAUCGGGCUAUGGCCGUUUUAAUAGCAGGUGUACCUGGAUCGGGGAAGACGCAUCUAGCGCGCCAAUAUGUAUUCGCCCAACGCGAGUGCUAUCCCGGAGGAAUAUUCUGGAUCGAUACCAAAUCCCGCGAGUCCGCUUAUAAAUGUUUCUGGGAAAUCGCCCAGGCUGCGACACUAAUAGACCGCAAAGAAGCCGAGGACCCCGAAUACCAAGAGUCUCGGACAUAUGUGAAUGCUGUGCGCAACUGGCUGCAGUCACGCAGCGAAUGGCUGUUGGUGUUUGAUGGCAUUACAUUCGACCAUGAUGACGAUAUCAAUGAAUUCCGACCCUUUCUACCAUGGAAUAAACGGUGCAGUAUCAUUUAUACUUCGAUUGAUGCCACGCUUCGGAAAAAGCAGCGUCUUUUUGAGCCCUAUUGUCUGUCGAUACCUCGUCUCAAAGUGGAAGAUGCUUGCAAACUUCUCUAUAAAGAUCUAGGCAUUAAGAAGCCUACACCAGAACAAACUGCCAAGGCGAAAGAGAUUGUCCAACACUACGAGUGCUUGCCACUGGCUAUUCACGCUAUCGGUCACCGUCUUAAUGCAACAGGAAAACCGAUUGAGAAAUAUCGAGUCAGGCACCAGGUGACCGAUAAAAAGCUUGCGGAGCCGUUUCUGAGCAUCAUGAACGACCUGUUUCGCCUGCAACAACGAGAGGCUCUUAAUUUGGUCAAUUUACUCUCGUUUCUCGGUCAUCACAUUCCUGUGGGACUUCUGAACUUCGGACGGAGUGCUAUGUCCGCUUCUAAUGCGGAGAUUUUGACUAGUGCGCAGACUGGUGAGGACCCCGACCUAGAUACUACAUUAGGAAUCCUCAUCCAUUAUGGCUUGGUUGAGCGAACUUCGGAUGCUGAUGCACUUUUUCAUCAAAAUUGGUCUCCGAAUCAAUCGAUGGAUGAGAAGCCAGCGGAUGCGAAGUUACCUCCAGAAUUGUCAGAGUCAUUGACGGAAAGCAGCCAGGAGGGUUUCUUCUCUAUUUAUCGAGGAAAUCUGGCAGUCGACGUGGUCAAGAUCCACAGUGUCGUGCAAGGCUUCUGCCGUGACGAGCUUCGAAUCAAGGAUGAAGAAUACAAGGACGUUGCUCGGAAAGAUGAUCCCGGAUUCUUCGACUCGUGGCUCAUCCUCGCUACCCAUUUUUUAUGCAAAUCAUACGAGACUGCGAAGGAAAAGAUGGCUCACUAUCAUGACUAUGGAAUUGUUCGUGAUUAUCGCGAAUACGAGACCCAUGCGUCUCGGCUGGCGGAGUUUUUCCCCAAGAAGCCAUCGAUAGGCAAUCACCCACCGGUAAUUCGAGAGGCGCGAGAGAGCCUCCGACAAUUGAUGAAGAGCAUCAGCAAUGAGAUUGACCGCAUGUCGCCCAGUUCUUCGAUGGAAGGUGCCCGAAACCAAAAGUCCGUUUUUGACCGGUCCAGUAGCUCUUCUUCCUCGUUCCCGGAUUCAUCGGCAGAUGAAGGUGGCCUAUCACGCCAGUCAACCUGGGCUUGGACGGAAUCAGGUUCAAUGCGAGCGGAAUCCCCAGAGGAAAUCGUUGCUCCGCCUCGGUUUCGAUUGGAGUUGUUUCCACCUCAUAUCUUUCGACAAGCUGGCUCCGAGUCUGAAGAUGGCUAUGAAACAGACGGUGAAGGAAAGGAAGCGCCUGGGAUUUCUCCUGCACAUUCGCAAAUGAGCCAGGCUACUGAGAAACCGAAGCAGUCCCCAGCUUCGUUGAGCCCACCGGUUCUGUCCGAUGAGCAGGAGGAUUGGCAGGUUGUUGAUCGUCACUCAAGAUUACGUACAAGGCAAAGGCAACCUCGAAAGCGAACAAGAGGACCGUGGCGGUUCCAAAGUGCAAACCCUUUAACUCCUCUUGUCAAAAUCUCGCCGAUUCAAGGAAAAGGCUCGUCCAGUCGUGUGUCCUCAGAAGAAGGAAGCAGCUCUACGAUUUUAGCUUCGGAGGCCGAGAGAGCCCUGGCGGCAGUUCGAAGGUCAAGCAAUAGCCACACAGAAAACACAAGGCCAUUUUCAGCUACCACGCCGUCCAGCAAAGAGAAUGUACCAAGCUACGCAAGUGUUGCCGCCAGACGUAUGCUCAAGACCUCUGAAUUCAUUCCACGUCCGGCUUCUAUGCCUAUGCCUAGCGUAUCGGACCAAGCAUCUAAGCUGCAAAUAAAGGCUUCUACGGAGUCACUUGAUAGCCAGGCAGGUCCUCUUUUUGCAUCUCCAUUAUCGCAUGAGGUGAUGUCCCACGAGAUACUAGCUGGGUCUACCUAUAGCGACCCUGGGCGAGACUAUCUUGCUCAGUCUCUCGGCGCAUUGGACCUGCAUACGGCCCCUGUAUCUCAGAUCCAUUCGCGCCGCCCGUCACUACAAGCAAACUUUGGUCCUACUCGAGACCUUUCUGCUAGUACUCCAUCGAUGCUCCCAUUCGCAGUUCCUAUUCGAGAUCUAUCUGCAAGCACACCCUCUCUUCUAGCCUACACCCCUCCAGUGCCACUGCCGUAUGAUGAGGACAUCACAAUUACGAUACCUCGACACAGACGAUACUCUCAAAAACCUCCAGGUCCUGCCUUCAACUCUCCCAUGGCUCCCAAACCCGCUGCGGUUGCCCACCCAUCCGCCAUCAUGCCAGGCGCCAUUUCGCUUUCCCUAGCUCCAUCGGAUUCAACCAUUGUUCCGGCGCCUGAAAGACCUGGUAAUGAAGCUCUUUCACGCGGCUCCUCUAGCUUCUCGCAUCAAUCUUGGGCUACAGAGCCCGUUCGUUAUCCACCGCGCUUCUCUCCAACCCCAAGCUUCCAGCAACCAAGCGACAUCACCCGCAGUCCUACCCCAAUGAUAUCAUCGCAGCAAAUUCUCGCCGGUACCGGUGGCUGGGCUGCCGAACCCAACUUCCCUGGAAGCGCGAUUCAGUCUGACUUACCAUACCCAGUAUCGUCGCCAGCCCACCCACGCCUCGGAUCGGUGGACGAACGACUUAGUAGCAUGGACCUAGCGUGGGAUCCAGCCAUUGAGCCUGCUCAACUUCUCCAUUUCGGCACCCACCGCGUUGACGUGCGAGAUGCACGCCAGCGCCUCCACGAAGCCGCCCGCCUUCAGACUCCACGCCACGUCCCCACGUAUCACCUUUACCACCCGAACCUAUCGGGGCCUCUGAUCCAGGAAGGCAGACAUGUAUAUGCCCCGGCUCCGGCGCUGGAAAGCUACGGGACCCGCGCGCGGAGCGGCAGUUCGCCGCCGCGGCCGAAUGAUGGCUCAGGAGUGCAGUUCUGA